CUGAGUGUGGCUCCUCGGUGACGGGCACCCAGGGUGUGCUGCUGUCGCCCAACUACCCCCUGAACUACAACAACAACCACGAGUGCAUCUACUCCAUCCAGAGCCAGCCUGGCAAGGGCAUCCAGCUGAAAGCCAGGACCUUCGAGCUGGAGGCAGGAGAUGUCCUCAAGGUCUACGAUGGCACCAACAGCUCUGCCCGGCUGCUGGGCACCUUCAGCCGCUCGGAGCUGCUGGGCACCAGCAUCAACAGCACCUCCAGCUCCAUGUGGCUGGAGUUCAUCACUGACCCUGCCAACACCAGCAAGGGCUUCGAGCUGCAGUUCUCCAGUUUUGAGCUCAUCAAGUGCGAGGACCCCGGCGUGCCCCAGUUUGGGUACAAGGUGCACGACGAGGGACACUUUGCUGGCAGCUCAGUGUCCUUCAGCUGUGACCCUGGCUACACCCUGAGAGGCACCAGGGUGCUGGUGUGCCUGACUGGGGAGAGGAGAGCCUGGGACCGGCCCCUGCCGACCUGUGUGGCUGAGUGUGGAGGGACAAUCAGAGGAGAGACCUCGGGACGGAUCCUUUCUCCAGGAUACCCAACUCCCUACGACCACAACCUCAACUGCAUCUGGACCAUCGAGGCAGAGCCUGGGUGCACCAUUGGGCUCCAUUUCAUGGUUUUCCACACCGAGGAGUUCCACGACGUGCUGCGGAUCUGGGACGGGCCGGUGGAGAACGGGAUCCUGCUGAAGGAGAUGAGCGGCUCGGGGCUGCCUGGGGACAUCCACAGCACCUUCAACUCCGUCAUCCUGCAGUUCAACACCGACUUCUUCACCAGCAAGCAGGGCUUUGCCAUCCAGUUCUCAGUGUCCACAGCCACAUCCUGCAACGACCCAGGAAUCCCCCAGAACGGGAGCCGGAGCGGGGACAGCCGGGAGGCCGGGGACUCCAUCACCUUCCAGUGCAACCCCGGCUACAGCCUGCAAGGGGAGGCCCAGAUCACCUGUGUGCAGAUCCAGAACAGGUUCUUCUGGCAGCCUGACCCUCCCACCUGCACAGCUCCGUGUGGCGGGAUCCUGACGGGCCCGGCUGGGGUGAUCCUGUCCCCACAGUACCCAGAGCCAUAUCCCCCAGGGAAGGAGUGUGACUGGAAGCUGACAGUGUCCCCUGACUAUGUCAUUGCCCUGGUGUUCAGCGUCUUCAGCCUGGAGCCUGGCUACGAUUUCCUGCACAUCUACGAUGGGCCUGACUCCCUGAGCCCUCUGAUUGGGAGUUUUUAUGGCUCCCAGCUGCCAGAGAGGAUCGAGAGCAGCAGCAACAGCCUUUUCCUGGCGUUCCGGAGCGACGCCUCCGUCAGCAACGCUGGCUUCGUCAUCGAGUACACAGAGAACCCCCGGGAGUCCUGCUUUGACCCAGGCUCCAUCAAGAAUGGCACCAGGGUGGGCACAGACCUGAAGCUGGGCUCCACCAUCACCUUCUACUGUGAUGGGGGCUACGACAUCGAGGGGGGCCCCACCCUCACCUGUGUGAUGGGAGGGGAUGGGAAACCCACCUGGAACAAGCCACGCCCCACCUGUACAGCUCCCUGUGGCGGGCAGUACACAGGCUCAGAUGGAGUCGUCCUGUCCCCAAAUUAUCCCCAAAACUACACCAGUGGCCAUGUGUGCCUGUACUCCAUCGUCGUGCCCAAGGACUAUGUGCUCUUCGGGCAGUUUGCCUUUUUCCAGACGGCGCUCAAUGACGUGGUGGAGGUGCACGAUGGCCCCACGGAGCACUCACGGCUGCUCAGCUCCCUCUCAGGCUCUCACUCAGGGGAAUCUUUGCCAUUGGCCACCACCAACCAGAUCCUCAUCAAAUUCAGCUCCAAGGGUCAAUCCACAGCCAAAGGCUUUCAUUUCGUCUACCAAGCCGUGCCCCGCACCAGCGCCACGCAGUGCAGCUCGGUGCCGGAGCCGUGGCACGGCCGGCGCCUGGGCAGCGACUUCGCCGUGGGCGCGCUGGUGCGCUUCGAGUGCAGCCCCGGCUACAGCCUCAGGGGCUCCCCUGCCAUCCAGUGCCUGGCCAUGCCCGGGGCCCUGGCCCAGUGGAACUCCUCCGUCCCCACCUGCAUGGUGCCCUGCGGGGGGAACCUGACGGAGAGGAAAGGAACCAUCCUGUCCCCAGGCUUCCCUGAGCCCUACCUGAACAGCCUCAACUGCGUGUGGAAGAUCACAGUGCCCGAGGGAGCAGGGAUCCAGAUCCAGGUGAUCAGUUUUGUCACAGAGCAGAACUGGGAUUCCCUGGAAGUGUUUGAUGGAGGAGACAACACAGCCACCAUGCUGGGGAGCUUCUCUGGAACCACGGUGCCUGCUCUGCUCAACAGCACUUCAAACCAGCUCUAUCUGCAUUUCUAUUCCGACAUCAGCGUCUCUGCCGCCGGCUUUCACCUGGAAUACAAAACCGUGGGUCUCUCCAGCUGCCCGGAGCCCGCGGUUCCCGGCAAUGGGCUGAAGAUCGGCGAGCGCUACCUGGUGAACGACGUGGUGUCCUUCCAGUGCGAGCCGGGCUACGCCCUGCAGGGCCACUCUCACAUCUCCUGCAUGCCGGGCACGGUGCGCCGCUGGAAUUACCCUCCACCCCUCUGCAUUGCCCAGUGUGGAGGAACAGCAGAAGAGAUGGAAGGAGUGCUCCUGAGCCCAGGAUUCCCGGGAAAUUACCCCAGCAACCUGGACUGCACGUGGAGGAUCCUGCUGCCUGUGGGGUUUGGUGCCCACAUCCAGUUCCUGAACUUCUCCACGGAGCCCAACCACGACUUUGUGGAGAUCCGGAACGGGCCCUACGACACCAGCAGCGUCAUCGGGCGCUUCAGCGGCGCCGAGCUGCCCGGCUCGCUGCUCUCCACCUCCCACGAGACCACCGUGUACUUCCACAGCGACCACUCCCAGAACAAACCCGGCUUCAAGCUGGAGUACCAGGCCUACGAGCUGCAGGAAUGCCCCGACCCGGAGCCCUUUGCCAACGGCGUGGUGAGAGGAGCUGGCUACAACGUCGGCCAGUCCAUCUCCUUCGAGUGCCUGCCUGGCUACCAGCUCAUCGGGCACCCCGUGCUCACCUGCCAGCACGGCACCAACAGGAACUGGGACCACCCCCUGCCCAGGUGUGAAGUGCCUUGUGGGGGCAAUGUCACAGCCCAGAAUGGGACGGUUUACUCUCCUGGCUUCCCCAACCAGUACCCAAAUUCCCAGGAUUGCACCUGGCUGCUGACAGUGCCCGUGGGAUAUGGGAUCCACCUGAACUUCACCCUGCUGCAGACAGAGCCCUACAACGACUUCAUCACUGUCUGGGACGGGCCCCAGCAAACAGCCCCACAGCUGGGGGUGUUCACAGGCAACUCAGCCAAGAAAUCUGCCCAGAGCUCCUCCAACCAGGUCCUGCUGAAAUUCCACAGCGACGGCGCCAACGGGGGCAUCUUCGCCAUCUACUUCUAUGCUUUCCAGCUUUUCCGCUGCCAGCCUCCCACCAUGGUUCCCAAUGCCGAGAUCAUCACAGAGAACGAGGAGUUCAACAUUGGUGACAUUGUCAGGUACCGCUGCCUCCCUGGCUUCACCCUCAUUGGGAACGAAAUCCUCACCUGCAAACUGGGCACCCACCUGCAGUUUGAGGGACCCCCACCCACCUGUGAAGUGCACUGCCCCAUGAACCAGCUGAUGACGGAUUCCACCGGGGUGAUCCUGAGCCAGAGCUUCCUGGGGAGCUACCCCCACUUCCAGACCUGCUCCUGGGUGGUGAAGGUGGAGCCAGGCUACAACAUCUCCCUCACCAUCGAGUACUUCCUCAGCGAGAAGCAGUUCGAUGAGUUUGAAAUCUUUGAUGGUCCCUCAGGGCAGAGCCCCCUGCUGCUGUCCCUCAGUGGGAAUUACUCAGCCCCUCUGACCGUCACCAGCAGCGGGAACAGCGUUUUCCUGCGCUGGUCCUCCGACCAUGCCUACAACAGGAAAGGCUUCAAAAUCCGCUACUCUGCUCCCUACUGCAGCCUCCCCCAGCCCCCAGCCCACGGGAUGAUCCUGAGCCACUCCGGGCUGCGCCCCGGCAGCUCCGUGCGCUUCGGCUGCGACGCCGGCUACCGCCUGGUGGGACACAGCACCUCCACCUGCAGCCAGCACCCCCAGGGCCACUUCCACUGGAGGGAAGCCAUCCCCCUGUGCCAAGCUCUCUCCUGUGGCAUUCCCAGAGCCCCAAGGAACGGGGUUGUCUUUGGGAAGGAGUACACGGUGGGCACCAAGGCCGUGUACCAGUGCAAUGAGGGAUUCCAGCUGCAGCCGGGCGCCGAGCCCAGCACCGAGUGCCUGCAGGAUGGAGUGUGGAGCAACGGGAACCAGCCCCCUCUGUGCCUGGCUGUGACGUGCCCCGACGUGGGCAGCAUCGCGGUGGAGCACGGCCGCUGGCGCCUCACCUACGAGGUGCAGUACCACUACAACGCCCAGCUGAUGCUCAUCUGCGACCCUGGCUACUACUACACGGGCCAGAGGGUCAUCCGCUGCCAGGCCAACGGCACCUGGAGCAUCGGGCAGCCCGUGCCCACCUGCAAAAUUAUCUCCUGUGGGGACCUGCCCACGCCUCCCAACGGGAACAAGAUCGGGACCCUCACCAGCUACGGGGCCACUGCCAUCUUCUCCUGCAACACUGGCUACACCCUGGUGGGCUCCCGGGUCAGGGAGUGCAUGGCCAACGGGCUCUGGAGCGGGGCUGAGGUCAGGUGUCUGGCCGGGCACUGUGGCGUGCCCAGCCCCAUUGUGAACGGGCAGAUCAACGGGGAGAACUACAACUACCGUGGCAGCGUGGUGUACCAGUGCCAGCCCGGCUUCCGCCUCAUCGGCAUGUCCGUGCGCAUCUGCCAGCAGGACCACCGCUGGUCCGGGAAAACGCCUGUCUGUGUGCCCAUCACCUGUGGCCACCCUGGCAACCCCCCCAACGGCCUCACCCAGGGCUCCCAGUUCAACCUCAACGACGUGGCCAAAUUCCAGUGCAACCCCGGAUUCCGCCUGGAGGGAGCUUCCCAAUCCCAGUGCCUGGCCAACGGCCAGUGGAGCAGCACCCUGCCCUCCUGCCGAGUUGUGAACUGUUCUGACCCCGGGCAUCUGGAAAACAGCGUGCGGCAAGUGCAGCCGAGCGGCCCGCACAGGUUCAGCUUCGGCACCACCGUGUCCUAUCAGUGCAGCCACGGAUUUUAUCUGUUGGGGACGCACGUCCUGACGUGCCAGGGCGAUGGCACGUGGGACAGAGCCCUCCCCCAGUGCCUUUUGGUGUCCUGUGGCCACCCCGGGUCCCCUCCCCACGCGCAGAUCUCGGGGGACAAGCACACGGUGGGCUCCGUGGUCAGGUACAGCUGCCUGGGCCGGCGCACGCUGGUGGGCAAUGCCACGAGGAUGUGCCAGCUGGACGGGCGCUGGAGCGGCUCCCUGCCACACUGCUCGGGGGGCAGCCAGGGCGUGUGUGGCGACCCCGGGAUCCCUUCGCACGGGAUCGGGCUGGGGGACGCCUUCGACGUGGGCAGCGUGGUGCGGUUCAGCUGCGAGCCCGGCUACUCCCUGCGCGGCUCCUCCGAGAGGGUCUGCCACGCCAACGGCUCCUGGAGCGGCACGCAGCCCGAGUGCGAAGUGAUUUCCUGCGGGAACCCCGGGACUCCCAGCAACGCCAGGGUGAUCUUCAACGACGGCCUGGUGUUCUCCAGCUCCAUCAUCUACCAGUGCAGGGAGGGUUAUUACUCCACUGGGGUGCUGAGCAGGCACUGCACCGUCAAUGGCACCUGGACUGGGACCAGCCCCGAGUGCACUGUGAUCAACUGUGGAGACCCCGGUGUGCCGGCCAACGGGCUGAGGCUGGGCAGUGACUUCACCUACAACAAAUCCGUGGUGUUCCAGUGCACUCCUGGCUUCAUGAUGGAGUCAGACAGAGCUGCUGCCCUCACCUGCACCAAAGACCGCACCUGGAACGGCACCAAACCCGUCUGCAAGGCCAUCACCUGCAGAGCUCCCCAGGCCAUUCCCAACGGGAAGGUGGUGGGGUCAGAUUUCAGCUGGGGUUCCAGCAUCAGCUACGCCUGCCUGGAGGGUUACCAGCUGUCCCUGCCCGCCGUGCUCACCUGCGAGGGCAACGGCUCCUGGAGCGGGGAGAUCCCCCAGUGCUUCCCCGUGUUCUGUGGGGACCCGGGCACCCCAGCCCAGGGCAGGAGGGAGGACCGAGGCUUCACCUACCGCUCGUCCGUGUCCUUCUCCUGCCUGGCCCCGCUGGUGCUCGUGGGGUCGGCGCGCAGGUUCUGCCAGUCCGACGGCACCUGGAGCGGGACCCAGCCCAGCUGCAUCGAUCCCAGCCUCACGACGUGUGCAGAUCCUGGAGUGCCUCUUUUUGGGAUGCAGAACAAUUCCCAGGGAUACCAGGUGGGAAGCAUCCUGUUCUUCAGGUGCCAGAAGGGAUAUCUCCUGCAGGGCUCCACCACCAGGACCUGCCUGCCCAACCUGACGUGGAGCGGCGUCCAGCCCGACUGCGUCCCCCACCACUGCAAGCAGCCCGAGACCCCAUCCCAUGCCAACGUGGGUGCCCUGGACCUGCCCUCCCUGGGCUACACCUUGAUCUACUCCUGCCAGAGCGGCUUCUACCUCACCGGGGGCUCCGAGCACCGCACCUGCAAAGCCGACGGCAGCUGGACAGGGAAGCCCCCCAUCUGCCUGGCCGAUGUCCGGCCCAGUGGGAGACCCGUGGGCACCGCGCGGGAGCCGCCGCUCGCCAAGGCCUCAGUGCCUGCAGAUGUGUUUGCAAGGAAUUCCCUGUGGAAAGGCUCCUACGAGUACAUGGGGAAGAAGCAGCCAGCCAUGCUCUCUGUCACCAGCUUUGACCCUGCCACCAGCAAGGUCAACGCCACCUUGAUCGACCACAGCGGGGUGGAGCUCCAGGUGUCAGGGAUUUACAAGAAGGAAGACGUGCACCUGCUGCUCCAGGUGUACCAGAUCAUGGGGCCACUGGAGAUAUUUGCCAACAAGUUCAGGAAUGACAAAUGGGCCCUGGAUGGACACGUCUCGUCAGAGUCCUCGAGUGGCACCUUCGUGUACCAGGGCUUUGUGCGUGGCAAAGGCUUUGGGCAGUUUGGCCUCCAGAGACUUGACAUCAGCAUGAUGGAAAAUGAUCCUGAAUCCAUAGGCCACCACUUUGCAUCCAACAGCAGCUCCGUGGCAGCCGCCAUCCUUGUGCCUUUCAUCGCCCUGAUUAUUGCAGGGUUUGUGCUUUAUCUCUACAAACACAGGAGGAGACCCAAAGUCCCGUUCAACGGCUACGCCGGCCACGAGAACACCAACGUGAGGGGCACCUUUGAGAACCCCAUGUACGACAGGAACCUGCAGCCCUCAGACAUCAUGGCAGGCGAGGCCGAGUUCACAGUGAGCACGAUUCCCGUGGCCGGUGUCCAGUGUGGAUGACGUUCCCACCUCACCAUCCAUCCAUCCCCUCCCCACCUCCCUGCUCCCGCCCCGCCGAGGCCGCGGGGAAGCUGCUGCACCUCCCCGGAAUUCCCGAGGGGCUGCUGGAUCCACCUCCAACCUCCAUCCUGCUGGGUCUCCAAGCCAAAGGUUCUGCUCCGGCCCCGCUCCCAGACCUCGGGAAGGCCUGCUGGUCGGAAGGCUUUCCCCAGCUUCCCAAACUUUGGGAAGAGCUUGGGCCACAAAGAGGUUGUGCACAAGGUGCUGGAUUCUGUGGAAAACACCUGGAUGGGACAGGAUGAGGAUUUGUGUGUCUGGGUUAUUUUUUUGGUUGGAUUUUCUACCCCAGGGCUUGAGCAGAGGAAAGGUUUUCAAAGGGGAGCUUUCCAAACCUUGGGAAGCUUUUCCCCUCUUCCCUGUGUUUGGUUUUCCUUUGGGCA